AAACCCAGGACAGAAAAUUGCGAGUGAAGCAAAGGACGGCACCACCAACUCCCCAACUACGACCCGAUGAAAAACUCCAGUCGAGUGUGAGGCCAUGGAGUUGGAAACCAAUCACUAUCGAUUCCAUUCUAAUUCCUGCUGUCCUUCUCUCCUCCCAAAUCUGGUUCCAUUCUCUCGUGCUCUUGAAGCUUCUCUUCCCAUUCCUCCUUUUUCUUCCUCCUCCACUCUCUCCAACUACCCCUUAAAUACCUGAUGCUGCUGCUGAAAUUCAAACACCACUUCCAUCUGCUCAACCAAAUCCAGAAACCUCUGUCUGUACCGCCGCUUUCACCGCUUUGCAAUGCACGGUCCCGACCGCUGGCUCACCCACCCGAUCAAUUCCGAGCCUUCCGAUUCGUUCCUCCUCCACGGACUCGGAGGCUUGUUCCUCGACCACGGCACCAUUCCUCCUUCGUUUGUGUCGCUGAUUCCGCCUAAGAGUUGCUCGGACUCUGCUUCGGGUUUGAUCUCGGUUCCUCGGAGUCCCCGGAAGGUGGUCAGGUUUGAGGCUUCGAGGCGGGGAAAGAGAAUCUGCGGCCAUUUCUUGUCGGUGAGCUUGUCGAUAAAUCGAGACGGUAAUGGGGACGAUGGGUAUGUUCGGGAAUCAGGGGAAGUCCUGGGGCAAAAUGGGAAUAAAAGUCUGGAGGAAGAGGAGGAGGCAAUGUCGUAUAAGGACGAAGAGAAGGUACGAACGGUUAAAACUGGGGGAUCAAAUGCUAUGAACGUGACCAAGCAUCUCUGGUCUGGAGCUGUCGCUGCUAUGGUUUCAAGGACGUUUGUUGCUCCUCUUGAGAGAUUAAAGCUGGAAUAUAUAGUUCGUGGUGAACAGAAGAACCUUUUUGAGCUGAUCACUAAAAUUGCCGCUACUCAAGGGCUUCAAGGUUUCUGGAAAGGAAAUUUUGUCAAUAUUCUUCGCACGGCACCCUUUAAGGCUAUCAAUUUCUAUGCUUAUGAUACAUAUAGAAAUCAUCUGAUGAAGUUGACCGGGAAUGAGGAAACCACAAAUUUUGAGAGGUUCAUUGCUGGUGCUGCAUCUGGAAUUACUGCUACCUUGCUCUGCAUACCAAUGGAUACUAUCAGAACAAAGAUGAUAGCACCAGGUGGAGAAGCCUUGGGAGGUGUUAUUGGUACUUUCCGCCACAUGAUUUAUACAGAAGGGUUCUUUUCUCUUUACAAGGGUUUAGUACCCUCCAUUAUAAGCAUGGCCCCUUCAGGUGCAGUGUUCUAUGGUGUUUAUGACAUGUUGAAAUCAGCAUAUCUGCAUUCACCAGAAGGGAGAAAAAGAAUCCAAAACAUGAAACAAGAAGGCGGGGAACUUAACGCUUUGGAACAGCUGGAGUUGGGUCCGACCAGAACAUUAUUGUAUGGGGCAAUUGCUGGUGCUUGUGCUGAAGCUGCUACUUAUCCUUUCGAAGUUGUGAGGAGACAGCUUCAACUGCAAGUGCGGGAAACAAGGUUAAAUGCCCUGGCAACUUGUGUAAAGAUUGUUGAGAAAGGGGGUGUUCCUGCUCUUUAUGCAGGAUUAAUUCCCAGCUUAUUGCAGGUUUUACCAUCAGCUGCCAUAAGCUAUUUUGUCUACGAGUUCAUGAAGAUAGUUCUAAAUGUCGAGUCCACUUAGACUGAUAGAAUUGCAAGCCUGCUCAAGUCCGUUGCAGAGCGCUUUGAUAGAUUUUAUUUUUGUUUUUUUUUUUUU